UCACAUCCUCACUACUGAAUACAUCCGUCAAAAACAACUCAACAAAUAGUAUGUGUUUUAGUAUUAAAUUAAUAUUUUCUGGUUAAAAGUGGCUCAAAAUCUAGGCUUUCUAUCAAUUAUAUAACAGUAAGUGAAUUCACAAAUUAUAUAGAGUUAGUACAAAAUGCAAGCCAUUAAAUGUGUGGUAGUCGGCGACGGAGAUGUGGGUAAAACAUGUCUAUUGGUAUUCAAAAACGUACAAUAUACAACAAAUGACUUUCCCGGCGUAUACAUACCAAAAGUAUUCGAUAAUUAUUUGGAUAAUGUUAUGGUUGACGGAAAGCCUAUAAAUCUGGACCUUUGGGAUACGUGUGGUCACGAGGAUCACGAUCGAUUGCGACCACUUUCCUAUCCACAAACGGAUGUGUUUCUAAUCUGUUUUUCUCUCGUAAAUCGGGCCUCAUUUGAAAACGUCAGGUCAAAGUGGUACCCAGAGGUGCGCCAUCACUGCCCGCAGACACCCAUCGUAUUAGUGGGCACUAAACUGGAUCUGAGAGACAAACUAAAUGACCCACAGCUGAGUGCCGUGUCGUACGCGCAGGGAUUGGCAAUGGUUAAAAGUAUCGGUGCCGCUAAAUACCAGGAGUAUUCGUCUCUCACCCGAGAGGGCCUUAACAGUGUGUUCGAUGAGGCCAUCCGUGCCGUCCUCUGCCCCAAGACUAGGCCCGUGUGGCGACACAAAUGCUCUCUUAUUUGAGUGACACAAUAUUGUUAGUUUUAAUUGUAUAUUGUAAGUUUUCGACCAUUAUUGCCAAUUAUUUCUCUAACCAUUGGCUAAAUUAAAUUUACCCACAAUUAGUAUUGUUGUAAACCAUA